UGGAGCAGCCGCGUCUCCAUCUCCUUCUCCUCUUCGGUCCAGAUGUUUCUCGGAGAUGCCGACAGACCGCGCGCAUUGGCUUACACCGCGCCUGUACGUAUCAGGCCACACCAGGCCACAUCGACGUUACCGAGUCAGAUUACUCCGACACGGAUCCCGCUCUAUCCUCUUUUCUCUUUCUUUUUCUUAUCCGUAAAGGAGCUCCGAAGACGUUGAUGGUAGGAAGCUCCGCCCUGUGUGCCCCACGAUUUAUUACGAUUUGUCUGACGCUCGAGAGAUUAUCCGUUGAAAAACGUUCGUCUCUUGAGACGGGAAUGCAUACGGUUCGCGAUUUCGUGAUUCGAUGAGCAACACCGAACGUAUCUCCCGCGUUGCUCCACAAUAAUUUCUCUCUCUCUCUCUCUCUCUCUCUCUCUCUCUCUUUUCUCUCCCUCCCUAUCUCUCUGUUGCGGAGAUCGCGCGGUUCGUGAACGAUGGACGUGACAGCGCGAUAGAUUUGACGGCGAUCCCCGGAGUGCGAACCUUCUCGACAUCAUGACGCGUCUACGGGGCCGUGCGUCGCUAAUGGUCGUCGCGACGAUCAGCUUCAUCCUGCUGGUUGUCAUAUACCACAUACUGAGUAACGAGAUCGACGAGAUGUCAUCGGGCAAAAUCGGCACGCGUCUGAGAGCCGAAGAUGUGUAUCCACCAGGUGAACUCAUGGACAGCCCUCAGGGCGCUGCCAGAAGGCAGCUAAUAGAUGGACAGAUGACGGGUGAUUUGAAGAACGGUAGGAACAGACUUAACGAAUUAAUUCACUAUGAUAAAUCGUUUGCAGACGGCACGCCACUGUUCAAGGGUCAUAAGGUCGUCCACCUAGAUCUGAAAGGUGCCCCGCCUAAGAUGAGCUAUUAUAACUACCUGUUUCCUCUACUGCGAAAGCUAGGAGCCACUGGCGUGCUUGUGGAGUAUGAAGACAUGUUUCCCUUUGCUGACAGCAUCGAAGACAUACACGCCGGCAACUCUUAUUCCAAGAAGGACAUUGCGCAGCUUCAAAAUAUAGCCAGGAACAAUCAGUUGAUCAUCAUACCAUUGAUACAGACUUUCGGUCACAUGGAGUUUGUUCUUAAAUUGGACAAGUAUAAAGAUUUCAGAGAAGUUCCACGUUAUCCGCAAGUCUUAUGUCCUACGUAUAAUAAAACACUAUCCUUGAUCUAUGAAAUGAUAAACCAAGUCGUAUCAGCUCAUCCAACGUCAAAAUAUUUGCACAUAGGUGCAGACGAAGUUUAUCAGAUAGGCGAAUGCUCAAGAUGUUUAGACGUCAUGGCCAAAAGGCAAUGGAGCAAACGACAGUUGUUCCUGGAUCAUGUCUCUGCAGUAGUUAAAUACAUCAAAGAGAGAUACCCAGAACUGACUGUACUUAUGUGGGAUGAUGAAUUCCGUGAUAUAUUGCCACAGGAAAUCAUUGACAGGGGCCUCCACUCGAUGAUAGAACCAGUUAUUUGGAAAUACACCACCGAUCCUGGUAUGACGCUAACGGAUCAGCUGUGGGAAAGUUACGCCGCCGUGUGGAAGGAAGUCUGGAUUGCGUCAGCAUUCAAAGGAGCUACUUCACCUGAUAGAUAUUAUACAGACAUUUCAUAUCACAUGGAGAAUCAUCAACGUUGGUUAGAAAUCAUUCAGAAAUACUCAAAUCAAAUCACAUUCAAGGGUGUCAUGUUGACUGGAUGGCAGAGAUACGAUCACUUCAGUGUCCUUUGCGAAUUACUGCCAGUGGGAUUACCAUCUCUCGCCAUUAAUUUAGCUAUAUUACAAGCCUCAGAUGUAAACGUCUUUCCUGUAGAAUUACCCGAUCGUAUAUCUGAAGCUUUACAAUGCGAUGGUAUCAUCUCGUUAAGUAUACCAGAACCACAGUACGGCUGGACCAAAUGCAGUUUCCAUGGAGUAUCGGUAUACGCAGCUAUUUUACGUCUUUACUCUCUAACACAGGAAAUAAUGAAAAUGGAACAGGAUAAUACCUAUAAGGGAUGGUUAAAAUCAUACAACAUUAAAUAUUCUUUUGCAAGUCCUAGUUACGUCGAACGUGCGGUUACUGAUUUGGACAGACAUAAAAUGGAAAUAAUAUAUAUCGAAAAAGAGAUGCGUACAGCUAUGGAAGAUAUUUAUGACGAUUAUACAAUACAAGAGUGGCUUGAGACAUAUGUCACACCUGUAAACGAAAAGCUCAAUCGGUUAUGGGAAAUUAAGGAGAAACUUUUAGAGAAAAAUACAUGGCCAAAGAGACCUCUCACAAAAUCUGAUUUAUAGUA